AUGUCGGUAAAAUUUAAUGUUCAUACAUCCGUAAAUCUUGGAUACAACUUUCCCUCUAUAGAUGAAUCUGAUCUAGAAUUUGCCAGCCACUUACCAAGAGAUGUUCUUUUAAAUAAAAAUUUAAAGUUAGAAGGAUUACCAAAGGUAAAAGAGCCUUAUUACUCAAGAAAUCCCAUCUCAAAGUGUUUUGAUGCGAAAGAAUCCAACGAUGGGGUGAAUGAUAGCCCUCUCUAUGAAUUAUUAGCAAAGAACCAAGAAUACUUGAAGCAUUAUCAAUUGGAACUUACUUUUUCUAGGAGUCCUAAUAACGUCUCGAAAGAUAGUCAUAAUAUAAAACAAGAUAACGAUUUGGGACAAAAGAAUAGAGGUAUUAAAAGGUCAAGACAAACAAUCGAAGAAAAUGCUAGUGAAACUAAUGCUACCCAGGCGCAACCUUCAUCUAUUUAUAAGACCCCAAUACCUAAUAAGACCAUUUUCUUUUCCUCCUCUGCCUCAUCAAAGAAAAAGAAUACGACAAAUCUUCUUCAAUCUACGCCUGUUUCAGACAUGGGCGAGGCAUCAGGUAAAAAACCAAACAUUCUUCUUGCUAAACUGAAAGCCUUCAAGAUGGACAAAGCUGAAUUUCUCAAUUUGCCUAUAAAAUCCGUGACAGAGAAAACAACUGCUAUAAGACAUGAUAAUGCGGAUGAAGAAAGUAUGGAAAUGACAUCUGACUAUGAUCAUUUAGCAUGUCAUGCAGGUAACAUUAUGCGUAUGGCCGUGGAUUCAACUAUGUUAGGCUCCUCAUAUAAUGAAAGCUUUUCGCCCACAUUCAAUAAUACAUUCGGAGGGAAUGACUCUAUACUUGGAUUGCAGUCUAGAAAAAGGUAUAAUGAUUUUUUCGAUGAUGAAGCUGACAAGAGUUUGAUAGAAAGUAUGAAGUCAAGGUGGAAUAGCGGAUUAAAUAGAAUGAAAGCUAAGGUAAUUGAUAUUAAUGCCGAUGAAUUACAACAAGCAGUCCAAGCAGACUAG